AUGAUGAUGAUGAGCUUAAUCAAGGUGCCAAAACUAAGGGCCUUGUCAUUGAGGGGGAGAAGAGCCCAACAUGAGGAUCUUCAUGCAGCUUUGUUACUUGGAAAGUUGGACGCUAGCGGAGACCGGAGAAACAUGGAGGUGCCAAAAGGGUGCUUGGCAGUGUAUGUAGGAGAGGAUUUACGAAGGUUUGUGAUACCGGCGAGCUAUCUUUGCCAGCCGGAGUUUCGGGCAUUGAUGGAGAAGGUUGCGGAGGAGUUUGGCUUUGAGCAGACCGGUGGCCUUCGCAUUCCGUGCAAUGAGGAAGCAUUUGAGGAGAUCCUUCAUGUCUUGGGGGAACACUGUCGCAAGGAACAAGAAGAAGAAGAAUAA